AUGAGCCAGGUGGUUUUGUCAAACAACGAUCGGUUGGCUUCUUCGAAAGACGACUCCUUUGAAAACAAGAAAGCAGACCCUGAGAAGACCGACAAUGUCGAGUCUGAUGUUGACGAUAAUGCUCUUGCUGUUGGAACCAAGUCCUUCGGUAUCAGAGAGACCGAAAUAAUCAUUGACCUCGUCAACACCCUCCCACUCAAAUUCGCCUUCUAUUUUUCUAUCUUCGUCUGUUUCUACAUCAUCAACCUUGAAGGUGCCGCUACUGGUGUAUUUGUCGGAUACGCCACAGACUCGUACAAGAAACACUCGUUGAUGAGCACAAUUGGUAUUAUCAAUGGAGUGGUAGCGUCAGCUUCCUUGCCAUUUUUCGCCAGACUCUCGGACACUUACGGCCGGUGGAUUUUGUUGAUAAUUGCCCAGAUCGCCAGAGUUGUCGGUGUAAUCGUUCAGUCCCAAGCCACCGAUGUGCAAAAGUACGCUGGAGGUGCUGUCAUAAAGAGCUUUGGCCAUGCUGGUACCAUGGUGCUCUUGCAAGUCAGCUUGGCUGACUCCUCCACGUUGCGCUGGAGACUUUUGGCUAUAGGCUUGUCUAAUCUCCAGACGGUCAUCAACACAUGGAGUUCAGGCAACGUUGUCGACACUUUGUUGACAAAGUAUACAUGGCAGUUUGGUAUUGCCAUGUGGGCCUUUGUUACUCCCUUGUGCUUCUGUCCCUACUUCUUCCUCUAUGGGUGGCUCACUUGGAAAGCACACAAGACAGAAGCGUGGAGACAUUUGAAGCAAGAUAGGCAAGAGCACUUUAUUGAGAGUGUUCCUCAGGCAGCCCAAUACUACUCUGGCCAGCUUGCCGACGAGUUCUGGUUGAAGAGAUGGACAAAACUUGCCUACUACAACUUGUUAUACCAUGGAAAGUUGAUCUUUUGGUACGUCGAUUUCAUUGGAUGCCUUUUAAUUGCCGUUGUUCUUGGACUCAUUCUAGUGCCCUUGACUUUGGCAGGCGGUACAAGCAACAAAUGGAAGCAGGCUAAGAUCAUCGUACCUUUGGUUCUUGGUGUUUGCAUGAUCCCCGUGUUCAUUGUCUGGGAAACGAAGCUCAGUCCUCGUCCAAUGAUUCCUUUCAAGGUCAUGAAGAACCGUGGUAUCUGGUCAGCCCUCGUGAUAAGUGUUCUCCACAACUUCUCCCUGGCCAUUGUUGAAGGUUACGCAUACCCCGUGCUUUUUGUUGGCAUGAAUGCAUCCAGGGUUGUUGCCACAAGAACACCACAGUUGCUGAGCUUCGUCAACGGAAUCACCGUUACAAUUCUUGGCUUUGUGGUUGCUAAAGUGAGAAGAAGUAAAGCUUUUAUUCUCUUCGGUGCUGGUGUAUUUUUCAUUGCCAUGGGUCUUUUCAUCCACUUCAGAGGUUCCAACGAUGGCUUGCGUGACAAGUACUUCCGUGAUGGUGUUGCUAUUGGAAUGUGUAUUAUGGGAUUCGCUGAGGCCUUCCUCAACAGGCUUGUGUUUGUGUCGGCUCAAGCAUGUACCAACCACGAGUAUAUGGCCAUCGUCAUGGCUUGCUUUGCUGCCUUCUACCGUGUGGGCCAUGCUUUGGGCGCCUGCGUCUCUGGGGCCAUAUGGACACAGAGAAUGUAUCAUGAAAUCGAACAAAAAAUGGAGCAACUCGACGUCAACACCUCUUUAGCCAAACCUGCUUACCAGGCUCCAUAUACUUUCAUCCAGAAGCACCAUUGGGGAACACCUCCACGUAGAGCCAUUAGUAUGGCCUACGCUGUUGUUCAGAGAGCCCUUUCUAUCACGGGACUCUGUCUCUGUGUUCCCUUGUUGGUUUGUGUUUUCUUCUUAAGAGACCACCGUUUGGCUGACAAGCAGAAUUUGGACGACCAGAAUAUGGACGAGGCUGAGAUCGAGAAGGGCAAAUCCACUGCCGACAGAACCAAGAGCGAAGUUGCCUUCACGAACGAUAAGGACUACAUUUUGAUUUUCUUGAGAAGACUCGUGCGCUGGAGAUCUGAGUCUUAG